UAUAUAGAGAGAUCUCGAAGACCUCUGCUUUGUGUGAAUUAGUGUUGAAGAGAGAAAAAGGAAAGAGUAGCGCCGCAAUGGAUCGCUCCACUCUCGCCUUUGUUCUCCUCGCCGCCGCCAUCUGCGUCCCCGCCAGCUGCCUCACCUCCGCCACCAGCUCCCCUGCCGAGUUCGUGCGCGAUUCCUGCAGGGGCACGCGGUACCCCGCCCUGUGCGAGCAGAGCCUGGUGGCCUACGCGCCGGCGGUCCACCGGAGCAAGCGGGAGCUGGCCCGAGCCGCCCUGGCCGUCAGCGCCGACCGGGCCCGGUCCGCCUCCGCCUUCGUGAGCCGGAUGUCUUCCGGGGGCCAGAAGAAGGUCCGGUCCCGGGAGGCCGGCGCGGUGCGGGACUGCAUCGAGACUAUGCACGACAGCGUCGACCAGCUCCAGCAGUCAAUGGAGGAGAUGGGCCGGAUGGGGCGGGCGCGUAGCCCUCGGUUCGCUUGGCACCUCAGCAACGUCCAGACCUGGGUCAGCGCCGCGCUCACCGACGAGACGACCUGCCUCGACGGCAUCUCCCAGUACGCCGGCCCCGCAGUGCGGGCGGCCAUCAGGAAGAAGGUGGUCGACGUGGCUCGGGUCACCAGCAACGCCCUGGCUCUCGUGAAUCAACUCGGCCCCAGGAACUGAAGCGGGGUUCGUCUUCUGGUUCGAGGUCCUCCGUCGUCGUCGCCCUUACGUUUUGAACUGUGUUGUGCUGUCCAUGGACUCUAUGAAUGGAUGUCUCUUAUAAGUACGUAUACGAGGAGAAGAGUGUAAUGUAAAUUAAGCUGUUAAGCGUUCUAUGGAUGUAUAAUGCCAGUCGAAGUUUUGAUGUGAA